AUGGGCUAAGAUUUAAUGAGAUUGCAAUUCUCAAAGAUAAAAGAAGAAUUUAAUUUUAGAUAAAUUUAGGACGAUGGCAGUUUGAAUUUUAGCAUAGACAUAGAUAAAUACUCUCAUCAAAAUAGCAUCACUGCUGAAAAGCAGUAUGACUUAAGAAAUUAAGGAGCAUUAAAUAAUGGAGAAGCAUAAUUAAGUAGAGAAAAAAGAGAAUUUGAAAACUAGCAAAUCAAAAACAAUGAAAUGAAUAGUCUUUAAUCAAGUGGUUAAUUCUUAUUUCAGAAUUCGUCUAAGACUUCAGAUAUUAGAUCAAUGUUUAACUUCGAUAAGGAUAAGCAAGUCUAGUGCAAUACUUCAAAUAAAUCGAUAAUUUAAGACAGCAUGGUUUUGAAUGAACAUUCGCCAAUUAAGACAUUAAAAAAAAUGUAAUCUCAAAGAGAUAUUUCAGAUUGCUCUCAAACAUUAAAUAUAGAGGAUAAAUUUUAGAUAGUCUAAGGAGAGUUAAUUGACCCAAAAAAUAACACUGUGAAAGACUUAUUUUAAACAAAACAGACAAUAUCUGUAUAAAAUACUAAGAAAUUUCAAUUCAACCUUCAAACUAUGGUUAUAGCCAAAAAAUUCAUUUCAAACUUAAAGAAAAGAGUGAGCAGCAUUGUCUUCAAGUAGUUAACCAGAAAAUAAUUCAAUAUAAUCGGAGAUUUUGCCUCUUAUUUUGAUUACUAUGUUUAUACUUAGCGCAUGAUUUAAUCAGAAAAACGCACGAAUACAAAAAAGACCAUUUACAUAAUUAAAAAUUCCAAAUUCGGUAACACAUUCAGCUAAUUCGUAGAAGGAAAAUAUUUAUUUUCAUAGUCGAUUUAUGAAAAUGGAGAAAUCAUCAGAAACAGGAAAAAAAUCUGCUAAAAAUAUUUCUGGGAUUUGAUGAAAGAUUUAUUUGUUGCAGUAAUAUUCAUACAUUCCAGAAAGCAAAUCUAAGAAGAGGGUUUUUCAAAAUAUUUAGAUUAUAUUGUUUUUAUUAAGUAUUUGGAUACUCCUCAGAAAUUAGAAGAAAUCACAUCCAGACUCUAAAUAAGUUAGACGGCCUAAAAUUGGUUAAAAUUAGUCAAGUUAGAGUUUAUAGUACUACUUUUAGUUCACAUAGCUUGCUGCAUUUUCUUAAGAAUAGGUUUAUCUGAGAUGGAAAAUUAAAGCUAAUCUUGGAUUACUAAAUUUUAAGAUCAAAGCUUCUCUACUUUUGAAUUGUAUCUACUCUCUUUAUAUUAUAUUAUAAUAACUAUGACUACCAUAGGGUAUGGCGAUAUCACACCAGUAACUUAAUAUGAAAGAAUGUUUAUAGCAUUAGUUGCUUUAAUAGCUACGAAUAUAUGUGCUUACUCAUUUAGUUAAAUUAAUGAAAUAGUAAAAUAUGAAAAAUCUAAGAAUGAAAAUUUUAAUAAUAUGAUGCAUGGCUUGAAUCAUAGCAUGAACAAGCUUGAGCUAGACAUGAGUCUAUAGCAUAAAGUUAGAAAGUAUUUUGAAUUUUAAUACAAAUAAGAUAUAGAAGGAGCAUAAGGACAAGAAUAAUUAUUAGAAUAGUUGCCUUCGAGCUUAAAAAAUGAAGUAUUAUUAUAAACAAAUAACGAAGCUAUUCAAUCAAUAAGUUUAUUUUCAAAUUUUUCUUCUGAUUGCUAAAAAGAGAUUUCGCUUAAUAUAAAACAAAAAUAUUUUAAACCUGAUGAACUCAUUUUUAAUGAAAACGAAGUGAAUGACAAACUAUUUUAUGUGAUAUCGGGAAAUGUUUAAACUACUCUAGGAAUUAGUCUAAAGAUUGAAAACACUGCUAAUUAGAAUGAAAUGUAACUUUAGAUUUUGAAGAAAAAAGAUGUUUUUGGUUAUGAAGGAUUUAUUUUAGGCUAAAAAAACCCUUACACUGCUAAAUCAUACAAAGGAGCUAUGAUAUCUUAUAUCGAAAGAGAUAGGCUCAUAUAAAUUUUGCAGAGUUUUCCCUAUGACAAAGAAUUUUAUUACAUGUUCAAAGAUAACCAGAUUUUUAAGACAUUCAGUUACAAAGAUAUUUCAAAAUAAGACGUGAAAUUUAAUAACAUAAAACUGAAUUAAAUUCAAAUUAGUAAUUGCAUAGCAUGUGGUAGCUCUAGUCACACUUUAAAGAGAUGUCAUAUAGUAUAGCUAAGUUUAAGAUAUAAAAAAGAUAAAAAAGUUUACUUUUAGUAGAGAGAUAAGUCGAUCAAAAGAAGGGGUUUGGAUUUUUUUAAAUCUUUAUAAAAUAAUAAAUAAAUCCAAGAACAAAUAAUCAAUUUUAAAAUGGUAAGUGAUUAAAAUUCAAUUAUGAGUGAUGUCUAUUCUGUUUUGUACUCUGAAGAAGACAGUACAAGCAAGCAAAGUAAAACAAACGAAGAAGAAGAUUUUAGCUAAUAAGAUGAUUAAUAAGGAAAUAGGAAACAAUAACAUAAAAAGAGCACUUAUUUGAACCCAAAAAUGGCAAAUGAAUUAGUUGAUGUAUAUAGGAGAAGGAGUUAAAAAGAUAUGUCUUUGAAUUUAGUUAGUAUUAAUUCUCCAAAAUCAGUAUACGCAAAUAGUGAUCUUUAAGCGAUUGAUGAGGGAGAAGCAGAAAGUGAAAGAGAUACAUUAAAAUCAUAAAAAGCUGUAAACGAAGAAAAAAUAAAGAUAAACCAAUUUUAAGAAGACGGUUAAAAUAGUAAAAAUGAAUCAAUGCAGAAUUCUAUAGAAAAAAUAGAUAGUUUUCUAAACAAUAAUGGCAUACCUAAAUUAAAUCUUGAUAAACCAAUUUCAAUAGAAAUUAAUUUGGAUAUUGCUUCCAAAAAAUCUUCCAAAAUACCAUCGAUAAAAUCAAAAAAAAAUACACAUACUACUAUCCAUCAAAAUUCAAGCAGAAAAUUGACUGGCCCUUCACCAUCGUAAAAUUAAAUUAAUUAAAAAACGAUUUCUACAAUAUGUAAUGAGCACUCUGGAAAAUCAAAUCAAUUAAUAGCUAAUAAUAUGAACACAUCAAUAAAUGUUGAGAUGUAUUAGAAUGAAGAGAUUGUUUAAAAGAAAAGAGUUCAAUAAAAAAAACAGACAAAAGAUUCAACACAGGAUGAUCAUAUUAACAAUAACUCCUACAUAGCAUCUGAUGAUGAUAAUUCUCAAAAUAUUAACUCUAGCUUUGAUAGCAACAAUAACAAUCCCAACAAGUAACUGUCGCUUUAACAAAGAAUUAUUUAGAAACGUAGACAGAAAUACGAAAAAACGUAUUAUGAAGAAGAAAACAAAAUCAGAACUAUUAUGUAAUAAUCUCAUAUGACUUAAUUGGAAGCUAAUCUCUUUAAUAUACUACUCCCAUCUUCUUAAGGUAAGAUAAAUAUUGAUGAUGCCAUGGAUUUACCUUCACCAACUUAAUUGUUAUAAAGAAGACAUAAGUAUAACAACCAAGUUUAAUUUGAUAUUUAAUAAAAUGAAUCUUCUGCUUCUCCUUCUCAAAUUAUUGAUUCAAAAAGGAGAAAAUCCUCAAAAAAAAUAACCCAAAAUUCAACUUAUAGAAGCGAAAAUCAAGAAUAAAAACUUUCUAUAAUAGGGUUGGGUAAAUCAAAUUCUAUCCUAUACAGACAGCAUUCAUUAGCAAGUAAGGCAAAUUAGCAUGAUGGUGUAAAGGAUGAAAUAAGCUCACCUGUUUCUGUUUCUAGAAGCAAUAAAAAACUUAAUGCCUAGACUAUGGUAAUGCUGAAUUCCACUCCAAGUGUUAACCGUGAAUCAUCAGACUAUAAAAUAAGAUUUGAAUAAGGAAUAUAAAAUAUAGAUUUAUUAGUUAUAAGGAAGUAUAUGAUGAUAGAACAAAUUAAAGGAAAUAUCAAAGAUUUCAUUUUAGUACCAGACAACGAAAUUGAAAUAGAUAAAAUUCACAGAUAUAAAAUUUAUUUCCCUAAAGGAAACUACAAUUAUAUAAUCAAAAAAUUUAGAACCAAAUUUGACUGUUUAACCAAAACCAAAUUUAUGACUUCUUAAGUAUAAAAAGCUGGUUAAAGAGUGUCUAAAAUUUUGAAGUUUUUAAAUGGGUAGCAAACUGGAUCUAACUAAAUUAAACUACAAAAUACAAGAGGUGCUAAUGGAUUUGGUUACAGCGCUUCCUCAAGAAAUUCUUUUAAUGAAAAAGAUAAAUGA